UCUUCUGUGCUUCCAUUUUGUCUCGUGCCAGUUUUAGGAGCAUAUCUCUUGAAAACAGAUCAAAUUUCUGUUGCACAGUUUUGCUUUUCGUGUUUAAUACCGCUGCCCUUCUGUUGUUUUUGGUCGUAUUUGCUUGUGAAAAAUUACAUCAAUCGCAAACGUGGCCUAAAUGAAUCACAAAAGCCUUCAUUUUCUCGUUUUUUACAAUAAUCAUUUUCAUACACGUCGCCCACGUAGAAAGCACCAGAAGAGCAAAGCACUUUCCAAUGAAAGUCAAAUUGACAAUAAAAACUCGAAUGGUGACAUCAAAUUUCAAAACCAGUUAGGGCGUCAAUGUUACCCUGAAGAAGAAAAUGAGUUAUUGAAUGAUAAUUGUAAAGUGGAAAGUGAUGAAGAUAGAGCAAAUAGAUAUGGAGAUGGUAAUUCUGAGAGACCUCAAGGAAAUAAAGAAUACCACCAGGAUGAUGAUAAAGCAAGCGUACUUAGAGUGCUUCUUGCUCCAUUUCGUAACCACGAGGCUUUCCUCUGUUUUCCUCAAUCCAAGAUACCAUGGGAAGGAUUUUUGGUUUUUCGAAGACUUGUCAUUAUUCUUGUGUUAACGUUUGUACAAGAUAACAGGGUAAAGAUGAUCCUUGCCUUAACAAUAUGUGUCGCCAUUUUGGUUUUUCAUACGUAUGCGAAACCUUUCGUGAACCCUCGUGACAACGUCAUCGAAUCAUUUUCCCUCUCUGUUCACGUGAUUUUGUGUAGUUUGAUAUUAGUCAAAUGUGUCUACUAUGGAGAAGAUCUGUCGCCCUCUUCCGACAGUCAAAGUAUUAUUCGAUUAUUUGACAUGAUCCAGAAUUUUUUGGUGAUCACUCCUGUCAUAAUAUUGAUGCUGGUUUUACUGUUGUCGAUCUUUGGAAGACUGUUAAUAGUGAUUCGAAAGUGCCUUCACGUUAUUCAUCAAAGCUGCUAAUUGGUUAAUGGCUAUUAAUACUUUAUUGUUAAUCGUUGUAACUGCUAUAAAUUAUUUGUUCAUGUUGACGUUUUUCAGUUUUUUCAUUCGCUUAGGUAUCAAUUAAUUUCUUUGAUAGUUUUUACAUAA